AAAAAAAAAAAAAAAAAGAUGCUUAAAGAGAGAAAUAAGGAGAUUUUAGGGGGGAAACGUCUUUUAGGAGCCUUUAGCUCUAAACGCCCUAAUCAACAACUUGUUUUACCUCAUAAUUUCCACCGGUAAUGAUUUUCUAAUGCAACCUCCGCGCAAACGAGCGCAUUAAGAGGAUAAUUAUUAACUUGGUUAGUGCGGCAUGGAAGCGGAGCGCCGAGGGGAUUCAGCUCCGAAACACAAUUACCUGCUGCUUCCUCCUGCAGGAGCCGAGCUCCCACAGAGGACGAGCUCCGGUCUGUGCUUCAUCACAGCGUUCAGGCGUCAAACUCGGUUCAAAACAAACUGAUUUGAUUUUUAAUUGAUGCAUCUGAGAAGCCAGAAGGGAAAUUUGUGUCUUUGAAAGAGAAAAACUCACACAAAUGUUUGUUUUUUAGUGCGUUUGUGUAUUUGUAAUAUUACUGUUUCAAAUAAAUUAAUAUCAACAUAUAUACAUUAAAUGAAUUCGAUUACAGCUAUUGAUAUUAUUAUUAUGAUCAUGAUAGUUUGCAUUUAUAGCGCGAAAAAUAAGUAUUAAGUUGAAAAAUGUCAAUAGAAAAAUCUUAAUUUCCUGAUUUUCUUCAAGUUCAACGUGUAUAAAACACACACACUCUCACACACUGAUAAAUUAAUUACAAAUUGAAACUAAUCAAUAAAGAUGACCAACUGUUUUAUUUUUAUGGGAUUAAAGAAGAUGAAAAAAAAAAAGUUUCUGUUUUUAUCUUCGGUGAAAGUUCACCUGAGCGCAAAAUGCGCUUCAGCAGAUAAUAAAAACUGAGUUACAGGCCUGUUGAUACUUCACUGAACACGUCCAGCGUCACUUUACUUUACAUGGGAGGAUUUUUAUGUUUGAUAUCUGUAAAAAAACAAAAAACAAAAAUAAAACCAGGUGAUUUAACGGGCUGGAGGAGUGAAACUCGUCCAGGAACAACAGCCACACUGAAACCCUGGUGAGGUUUCCACUCGUGUCCUGUGACCCUUCGCCUCCGUGUCCGCGUCACUUCUGCAGAAUUUCCUGGCUGAUUGAAGUUUAGCUGCUCGCCCCCCUCCGGCUGCUUGUUUCCCCUCCCGAGCACCGACAUAUUACGGGCUGAGUAGGACGCACAAUGAGCCAUUAAUUGGAGCACACAUGUUUUCUCAGCGUGCCUCUGUAACUAAGCCUCCUCGCCGGGGCCCCCGUGUCGAUCUAUGAAGCAGGUAUUUGAAUGAGGAAGACCUAUUGGCAGGUGCUCUGGUCCAAUCAGCGCGCUCCGUGCGCGGCGUCGAGACGCACUGAAGGUUGGAGGCGCUUUGACUCGGUGCGCAGAAACCCUCUGAGUCCACGGAUCGGGCUCAUUUGCAGCGCUGUUGAGUUCUGUAGCAGCAUCUCCUCCAGGACGAGCCCGCGUACACACGAACCCGCAGACCGUCCUCAGCGCUCCACCUGUGGUCAUGACGCGCCUCUGAGAGGGAGCUUACUUCUUCUUCAGCGACAGAUUUCUUCUCUUCUGGUCUCGUUUUUCCUUCCAGAGAUGAUGUUUUCGUCUGCAGGGAAGCGCUGCUUCACGAUAGAGUCUCUGGUCGCCAAGGAGAACCCUCUGACGGCCGAGGACCCGAUCCGUCCCACGGCUCUAAGUUACUCCAACCCGACGACAGAUGCCUUAAUGAACAGCUACCAGGGGCCACCGGCCAGGUCCCUGUACCAGACCCCGGACCUGGUGUUCCCAGAGACGGUCGGCCACCCCUCCCUCACCGUGGCUCCCCACCAGCUCGGAGGCUCCCACCUACAGCAUCCGCACUUCUUCGGGACGCAACACCGAGACCCGCUCAACUUCUACCCCUGGGUGCUCCGGAACAGGUUCUUUGGACACAGAUUUCAAGGUAACGACGUGUCCCAGGACAGCCUGCUGCUCCACGGUCCCUUCGCCAGGAAGCCCAAACGCAUCCGGACCGCCUUCUCGCCCUCCCAGCUCCUCCGGCUGGAGCGAGCCUUCGAGAAGAACCACUACGUGGUCGGAGCCGAGAGGAAGCAGCUGGCGAACAGCUUGAGUUUAUCCGAGACGCAGGUGAAGGUGUGGUUCCAGAACAGGCGGACUAAGUACAAGCGGCAGAAGCUGGAGGAGGAGGGACCCGACAGCCAGCAGAAGAAGAAGGGGAACCACCACAUCAACAGAUGGCGCAUCGCCACCAAGCAGGCCAGCUCGGAGGACAUAGACGUCACCUCAGAGGACUGAAAGAAAACCUCCUCCCUGAACCCUGCGUCUCCUUCUGACGCACCAGAGGACCAACCACUAUUUAUUAUGUAAUAUUAUUAAGUAUAAUUAGACCGGUUAGAGGACGGCUGCGCAUCUCUUCAUCGAGGUGUUUUUACUCCGUGACACUGGGAGAAGAAAAAUACAUAAUUAUUUAAUGACAUCCGUCGUGAACGUCUCUGGACGAGGAGAAGCAUCGUUUAAUGAAUCUUUGGUGUGACGACCAAAGACGAAGAGAGAAACAACGUCAACCUCUAUCAUAGUGUUUGUUGUUUUUUUUAAAUUGUACAUAGGCCGCGUAUAAAGGUUGUUUUUGAAAAGAAGGCUAUUUGUUUCAUUAAACGCUGUUUUUAACCACCUGCUUAGGUCAUUAACACCUCGUCGCUCAGCCCAAACCUGUGAGCCACGUUAAUUUAAAACAUUUGUGCUUGUCGCACGAUUCCGACGAGCCAGAAGAACAAAAGCAGGAAACGAAGGAUGCGUGGAAGAAGAUCCACGGUUCCCUAUAAUGAAGAUUCAUCCCCACAGACAGACAGAGAGAGAGGGACGCGAUUCACGAGCAGCUGUGCGUGACUUCCGGGACAGACGAGAAGCUGCAGAGACCUCUGGCGUCAGGGGCGAGUUGUGCCACAUAAUAAAAAACAAAACAAAAAAAAAGCAGCUCCACAGAUUUGUGCUUCUUCUGCCAUGUCACAUCUGUCAGUGUGGGGUGAUGGACGACAUCUUUAAACCCCAUGUGUCAUACAAAAAAACAGAACGUGUAAUUACAAAAAAAAGAUGUUUUAGAAAUAAAAACAAAAGAUAUUUCUCUCAUGA